AUGGUUGCAGCACGAUAUUCUCAGAGCAAUGCUGACUAUACGCUAUUUGUCAAAAAGUCAAGUAGAAAGAUUGUUGUUUUGAUAGUAUAUGUGGAUGAUAUAGUCGUUACUGGUAACGACAUUGGUGAGAUUUCCUGGCUCAAGAACUUCUUGGGCAAGGAAUUUCAAGUCAAGGAUCUUGGCCAACUGUGCUACUUUCUCGGUAUUGAAGUUGUAAGGUCCUCUAAUGGUGUUUACUUGUCUCAAAGAAAGUAUGUGCUUGAUCUCCUCUCUGAGACAGGUAUGUUGGGGUGCAAGACAGCUGACUCUCCCAUUGAAGUUAAAUCUCAUUUGGUAAGCCAAAAAAGUGAUCCCGUGGACAAAAGCAGUUAUCAGCGAUUAGUCGGACGAUUGAUUUAUCUAUCUCAUACCCAUCCUGACAUCGCCUAUUCAGUUAGCUGGGUUAACCAGUACAUGCAUGACCCAUAUUCCUCACAUAUGGAUGUUGUGCUAUGUAUUCUCCAGUAUUUAAAAUCUGCCCCAGGCCGUGGCAUUCUCUUUGCUCCUCAUGAUCAUCUUCGCAUUAAGGCUUAUACGGAUGCAGACUGGGCAGGAUCACCCGAUGACCGUAGAUCUACUUCUGAUUAUGGUACUUUUGUUGGUGGUAACCUUGUCACUUAG